AUGAUUGCUAGUUUCUGGAACAUUAGAGGAUUUAAUAAUCCUCUAAAGCAAAAUAAAGUGCUCCUUAGAGCCUUUCAAAAUAAAGUGGAUGUUCUUUGCCUUUUGGAGACUAGAGUUAAACGGGAUAAAUCAGAGGUUAUUCUUAAUUCUAAACUUUACAACUAUAAUGUAUGCACAAACUACAAUCAUGCCAUUAAUAGAAGAAUUUGGAUCCUAUGGAGGAAGGGAAUUGAUCUUUCAAUAAUCCAAGUUUCAGGCCAAAGUAUCACUGCUAAAGGUACUGCUUUUGGAGGAGAUUUUAAUAUUUUUCUACACUCCCAUGAAAGCUCUGACCAUGAGCUGUUAGGGCCUUAUUCUUCUCCUGACAUGAGCGAUUUUCAAGAGUUUACCCAUGAGCUUAACCUCCUUGACCACCCUUAUUUGGGGCCUAAGUACACUUGGAGCAAUAAGCAUCAUAACCUUUUUCUUGCCAGGAAACUUGACAGAAUUUUGAUUAAUCCUAGUUGGGAUUCUUUCUUUCAUCAUUCCUUUGUGGAAUUCCUUGCUCCAGGUGUUUCUGACUAUAGUAUAGCCAUCAUAUGGCUUUCAAAAGAGUCCCCUACAACAAGACCCAAACCUUUCAAAUUUUUUAAUUUCUGGGCUUCACAUCCUCAUUUUCUUAACGUUGUUAGAAAUUCUUGGUCUCAAUAUGCUCAUGGAAAUCCCAUGAUGAUUUUAUUCUCUAAAUUUAGAAGACACAAAGAUUGCCUAAAGAAAUUCAACAAAGAUAACUUCAGCAAUCUCUCGGACCGUGUGAAACUAAAGAGAAUUGAGCUGGAAAAUAUACAACUUCUCACUCUCAAGGCAGAGGAUUCCAUUGUGAAUGAACUUCAAAUUCAAGAUCAGUUAAAGACCCUUGAAGAAGUCGAAUCUCUUUUCCUCAAGCAAAAGGCAAAAGUUCAAUGGAUUAAAGAAUGA